AUGAGGCAACAGAAGCCUCACCAGUUUCAUUUGAGGUACUUCAGAGUACCUCCUCCUGUCGUAGAGUUGAAUGCGGAACGGUUUUUGACUUACGGCCAGAGCACUGCCGAUUUUCAGUUUCACUGCUAUCAAAUUUACGCCUGGCAAAGAUUUAUUCUAGAUGUAUCGCCGCGAUAUGAGCAUAAAGAAAGCUUAAGAAAAACAAGCAGUAUGCCGAGUGUGGAACAGACACAGCAGGUUUCGCCUCUGUUCACUUUGUUUUUCAAUGGCUCAUCGGCAAAUGUGUGGGGAACUCCACGGCAAAGUUUGGUACCAGAACCAGUCGACACGGAAUCGGACGAUGAAAUCAUCAACACAGAUAUUGAAGAAUUACGAGAUGCUGCACAAAGCAUUCAGUCGCUGCAACGUGUCCUGAAAGUACCACCCGAAGCUGCAAGCAAAAACGGUAUCAGAUAG